ACCCAGAAUGUCGCCGGCAGCUUCGUUCUCCCAGCGAUGGGCCCGCGACAACCUCACACGCGCCGCCUCACCGGACGAACUAGCCACAUUGGACUUAUUCCUGACCACCUGCAGCGGGGAUGAAGGCGAGGCCGGUAAACGCGCCAGGCGGUAUUAUGCGGCCAGAGGCCCGGGCGGGCUCACUGAGUUGUGGCACAAACGACAUCCGGAUGACGACGAUAUUCUAUCCAGCUGUCAAGAUGCUUACAUAGUGCCCCUCCGAGCGCGCAGCGUCGGCGGACGACGUAUGACGUUGGUGCGGCUACCAGCGCCUACUGCUCUGGACAGGCCUCUCUCUGCGAGGGCGCUGCUGGCCCGCUGGCUCAUGGUCUUAGAUAUACGGUUACGGGAAGAUCCAACCCCUGGAGAAGAAGUGGUGUUCAUAGAUGUCAGUGACUUGCAGCCGGCUCAUAUCAAGAAUCAUUUCAAAGGCACCUACUGGAAGGACUUCAUCUGGUGUAUGAAGUCAGCCUACCCCACCCGCUUCUCCGAGGUCCACGUGAUCAACACCCAGCGCCUGAAGACCAUGUCCCUGCUGUUGCUCCACCUGGGCCUGUACCCGUGGCGACGCAAAGUGGUCCAGAUACACUCGGGUGAUGAGCAGAUCAAUACGGCCAUGGGUGUGGACUACUUUCCUGAUGAAGGGCUGCCCUAUGAAUAUGGCGGGAAGGCGGGUGCCAUGAAGGAUCUAAAUGAUGAAUGGACCAAGAAGCUCCUCUCAAACUCAAAGUGGCUACAAUCUCAAGAACGAAAAUACUACGACACAGUCCUAAAGCCAGAAACGCGUACGCGCACGCGGCACAAGAGCGCCGUGCGCGUGCGCGGCAACAUGGGGUCCUACGACAUGCUCACACGCACGCACUCCUGCCGAUCCUUGCACCGACAUGACGACUUGGAUGAGGGGACCUAUGGGGCCUAUCGGACCUUGAGGAUUAGAACGGAUAAGGAUUUCAAUGUGUGAUGUACAUAAAGUUUUUU